GAGCACUGCGACGAGAUGUUUAACCUUUGGAGGAUUAUCCAGUUAGAGCUGUCAUUCCCAAGAUACUAAACACCAACUUUUUCUUGGUGUUGCCAUAACAGCAUUCUAAUAGUCUCUCCGUUCUCCGUUAAGUACAUUUUUGUCUCCUUCUUGACAAUUUCCUGUUUGCACUUUUGGAGAAGAAUGUUGCAGUGUACAGUAAUGGAUCUACCUUUGGGGAGCUACUCAUAAGGUCUAAGAUUUCAUCAAGACUGUUGACUAUAGACUGUUAGUCCUUCCUGAAGUGAUUAACCUCUUUCCUGAGAUUAAGCAUCAGUCUUUAGGUCUAUUCCGGUGCUGGAGAAGGUUGAUGGCGAGGUUCCAGUUUGUGCCAGUCAAAUUGAGCUGGACAGCAUUUUUGGCUCUGGCCCACUUCACAUAUCUGCUGAUUGGGGCCACCAUCUUCCAGAUCCUGGAGCGAGAGGCUGAGAACAACAACCGAAACCACUUCCAACUGGAGAAAUUGAAUUUCUUGGCUAACUACACCUGUCUGGAUGGACCAGCCUUGGAGAAGUUUGUUGAGGUUAUUUUGGAUGCCUGGGAAAAGGGAGUGAACCCCUCGGGCAACUCAACAAACCCCAGCAACUGGGAUUUUAGUAGCUCCUUCUUUUUUGCAGGCACAGUAGUCACAACUAUAGGCUAUGGCAACCUCUCCCCCAGCACUGUAUCUGGUCAAGUGUUUUGUGUGUUUUACGCACUGUGUGGAAUCCCACUGAACCUGGCCUUCCUCAAACAACUGGGAAAAUGUCUCACCAUCCAUCUGGGGCGACUGGAGAGGGGAAUGGUCUCCGUUGUUCCACACAAGCAAACAGUUGAGGCUCUGGCAGUGAGUUUGUUCUUCAUCGCAGGCAGCGUGCUGUUUUUGGUCAUCCCCCCUCUGCUGUUCAGUUAUGUGGAAGGCUGGACGUUUGGCGAGGGCUUCUAUUUCGCCUUCAUUACUCUCAGCACCAUUGGUUUUGGAGACUAUGUGGUGGGGACUGACCCAGGCAAGGAUUACAUCUCUCUGUACCGUAGCCUUGCAGGCAUAUGGAUCAUCUUUGCCUUGGCUUGGCUUGCUCUCAUCCUCAACAUAGGAGCCAGAAUAAUGGAGCAUGCAAUUGGCCUGACUCAUCCAAGCUUUAAAAAACAAGAAGAGGAAGAGGACGUGUCAUCCAGUAAACUAGAGGACACUGCCACCAGGGGAACAGAGAUGGGAAUAAAGGAAGUGUUCAACUUGGCACGGGUGCCCUCCAUCCUCAUGCUUGGGGUGGUUUACAUCACUUAUGUGCUGAUCGGCGGUGUGAUUUUCUGGAAGUUGGAGGGAGAUCUUGGAACGAAGGACAUCAGUCUUUUACUGUCGCACAAAAAGAGGGUGCUCGCAACGUACACCUGUCUGAACCAAGAAGGCCUGGAGGAGGUGGCUCAGGUUGUUCAAGAUGCGUCCAAGGUGGGCCUAAGUUUGAAAGGCAACUACACCACGGACGGCUUCUGGAAAUUCACCAGUUCAGCUGUGUUUGCUGCCACUGUGGUCACAACUAUAGGUUAUGGGAACAUGAGUCCGAGCUCUACUGCUGGCCAGAUCUUCUGUGUGUUCUUUGCACUAUUUGGUAUCCCGCUCAACAUGGUGGUGCUCAACAGGGUGGGCAAAUACAUGCUUGCUAUAGAGAGGAACAUCUCCGACUUCCUGGAGGGGAAGACCGGGCGAAGGAAGUGUACCCGCUUUUUUGUCCACCUGGUGUCAUACCUAUCUGGAGCAGUGCUCUUCUUUGUUGUGCCCAUGAUUGUGUUCCAGCAGCACGAGGGCUGGACUUUCUCCCAAGCCAUCUACUACUGUUUCAUUACUCUGAGCACCAUCGGCUUCGGAGACUUUGUGGCAGACAGUAAUCCAGACAAAACUUACCCAGAGUGGUACAGCAUCCUCAUGGCCUCAUGGAUCUUCUUUGGCCUGGCCUGGCUGGCCCUCCUCAUCAACCACUCUAUUGACAUCCUGGAGCGACUCAACACUCACUGCAAACAGCGGUGGGGUGGACAGAAGCCAGAGGAAGAGUCUGGCACCACAGAAGGCGACAACCCAGACACACAGCUGGAGGAGGAAGACGAGAUCAAGAAGCCUCCAAUGAGUCAGUAA